UGGGGAACGGACCAAAGCAAGUGUCGAACCGCAAAAACGCACAUAAACACUGAUUGUGCUGUCAGAAAUAUGUACAGAUAAGCUGUGUGUGUCAUUCACUGUUCCUCAGGUGCGCCAUGCUGAUACAUUUUGGGCAGCAAAACUUUGAGAGUGAUGAUGAGCAGCCCGGAGAAUCUACAACCCCAACAGCCAGUUCACAAACAGGGAAUGAAACCAGCUCAAGAUCUCCACAAGCCCAGUCAGAACAGCCACCCCACAGCUCUGAGCCCUGGAAAACUGAAAACGAUCCUGAUAAUGCCCCACAAACCUGGAGGUUCAUGCCCCGCAGAACACCAGGAGCCCAGCUGAACACACAUUCAACACACCCACCAAUGGACCUUUUCCAGUUGUAUUUCUCCACGGAUACAAUGAAGACACUCUGCAAAAGCACCAACAAGCAAGCUGCAAAAAAACAGGAAAUGGGCAUGAAGUACAAAUGGACUGACGUUGAAGUUGAGGAACUCUACAAAUUCCUUGGACUCCUCAUUUACACAGCGUUGGUGUCGCUGCCAAAUCUUCAAGACUACUGGAAACGCAACAGAAUCUUGUCUGUGCCAUUUCCAGCCGCUGUCAUGACAAGAGACAGAUUCAGGGCGCUAUUAUGGAACCUCCACCUCAGUGAUCCAGAGGAGGAUGUCAAAAAUGACAAUAAGAAGGGAACACCUGACUAUGAUAAGAUGUUCAGAAUCAAGCCUCUUAUUGAUCACAUUCGCAUUGCCUGCCAGGCUAAUUACCAACCAAGGAAGGAAUUGGCAGUCCAUGAGAAAACGGUGGAAAACUAAGGUGAAAACUGGCAUAACCCACUGUAGUAAAGUAAAUCUUUAUUUUUAUUCACUUCCUUUCACCUACCUCACUUACUUUAAU